CUCUCUCUCUCUCUCUCUCUCUCUCUCUCUCUCUCUUCCUCUCUCUUCUUCUUCUUCUUCUCUCCAUCACUCCCAUAACCCCUCCUCUUCCCAUACACCUCCUCCUGCUCCAUUCAAUUCUCAGCUCCCUCUUUCACUUUCUCUCUCUCUCUCUCUCUCUCUCUCUCUCUCUCUCUCUCUCUCUCUCCCUCUCUCCCUCACUCUCUCUGCCUACCAGCCUGUCUCCAGUCAGAAUUAGAGGAGGCUUUUUCUAAAUGCAUGCCGCUCUGAGGGGAUGCACAGGCACAUGAAUAUUGUGAUCUUAUCUGCUGAAAAUGAGGCGAAAAGCAUAUAAACGGGUCAUCACAGAUAGCCAACUCCUAUCUGCCUCCCCAGGCAAGACUUAGAGCUUUGACUGUUGGUUUGUGGUUAGAGUUCAAACUUGGCUUCAACAUUCAGCCGACCAGCAGCAGCAGCAGCAGCAGUGGCAACAACUAUACACACAUGAGAGCCGAGGCAGAGAGAAAAAUAUGAAAAAGAUAUAUAUUGGCAAAACUGCCCUUAAAACACAGAGAAAUGGUUGCAAACACCCGAAAAGAAGCUCUUUCCACGACCACAAGGACGACCUCCGUAAGCGCCUGUCGUACACCACCCACAAACUAGAGAUGGUGGAGACGGAGUUCGAUUCCACUCGGCAGUACCUUGAGACUGAGCUGCGCAGGGCCCAGGAGGAACUGGAGAAAUUUACAGAUAAGCUACGCAGGAUCCAGAGUAGCUAUGCAGCUCUUCAGAGGAUCAACCAGGAUUUGGAGGACAAGAUGCACAGGACGUCACACCACCAUGAAGAGGAAAAGAGAGCCCUCAGCCGGGAAAUCAUCGUCCUCAACAACCACCUCAUGGAGGCGAAGAUCACCAUCAAUAAACUUAGAGAGGACAACGACCUGUACAGGAAAGACUGCAACCUGGCCGCACAGCUGCUGCAGUGCUCCAAGUCUCACUACAGAGUACACAAGAUGUCUGAGCUGCCGCUGGAGUUCCAGGAACGCAUCAGUUCUCACAUGGAGAAACAUAAUCGGGGUAGUGGAGCCACCAUGGCAAUGUGCCACUCCAAUUACUCUGACGCAGUGCCCACAUCCAUAAUUGCCAAAGUCUUGGAAAAGCCGGAACCAGGAAGCAGUUGCCCUGUAACACGCUCACCCAGCCCCCAGCACCAGGAUGGAGAUUUUCUUACAGGAACAGGGAGCACCGAUCACCUGAACCGCCGCAUUUCGUAUAAGUCAUCUGACCUGUACUGCAGCGAUACGGCUCUCUACUGCCCUGAACGAUGGCAAGAUACAGAGCGCAGGCAGAGCGUUGACCUCCAUGGCACCAGCCUGCUCCAGCUUCAUGCCCAAAACUCCACUGACAGCAACCCAGAUGAAGAGCCCUACAACUCUGGAAGUUUCUCCCACCAUGAGCCUCCAUCCUCCUUCCACCACCACGAUGAGUUCGGCACUGGUAGCCUCCCUGCCUCCAGUUCCUACUCUAGCUUCAGCCUUGCAUCGGAUGAGAAGGGAGGAGUUAGUGGUGGUUGCGGGCGCACUGCUAGCAGCACCUUAUCCUCUUCCCACCAGGGUCUCUAUAUGGACUGGCGAGAUGGUGGCAGUGGGGACUAUGGGCGCAAAAGCAUGUCCUCUUAUGAUAAAGACAGCCCAAGCUUCCCCAAGUCCCUCAGCAUCCAGCACAUGGUGACCCCCAGGAGCCCGCAGAAGGGCACCUCCCCAGCAUAUACAAGGACGGCUUCAUGCUUCAGUGAACCGUACCAUUCCAGCACUCCCCGCCUGGCCUCCUCUCACAGCAUGGGGUCCACAACUGGACUGGGCCAGGCUCGUGGAGGAGCUCUGGACAGCCGAGGUGACAUCCAGGUCCCUGACGAUGACCUAAGUAGCCGCUGGAGACAGCUCAGUGUGGAAGACAUCAACACGUUCUCAUCUUCUUACCGUGAUAUCACAGGACGGGUGUCUCCGUACAGUUUCUCUGAGCGUCACUUUGCCAUGGGCCCCUCCAGUAAGGUCAAGGGGUCUCUCUACAGCAGCUUCCAAGAAGGAGAUGACGUCUUCCAUAGCCGAGUGCUGGACCAGUGUUUCGCUGUGGGUCCCCCUUCACCCAGCCGCAGUCCGAAACCUAUGGAGCAUCGUAAGCAGGAGAAAACCUCUGUGCUGUACAGAGCCAAGGCUGACAGUCAGGACUCUGAGUGCAGUCUGUUCCUCUCAGGGAGCUCUAAAGAGAAGGAGAGCAGUGGGGGAGCAACGGCAGCAAGCAGUGCCAAGAAGGACUAUGUAAAUCUGAGCGCAGACAGCUCGGCUGAGUCCCUACACCAAAGCUCCCUCGAAGCCUCAAGUCUUCAACACUACCCCAGCCCCAGGCCGAGUGUCCGGCCUCGCCCGAGCUCUAGCUCCGCUGUCAGUGUCGGCCCCGCACUCCCAAAGAAGACCUCUCCAAGAUACCAAAAAUUUGGCAGCACGGGACUGACGAGGAAGGACAGUCUGACCAAGGCACAGCUAUACGGUACACUGCUGAACUGAGCAGAAAGAGAGAGCUUUUCAUUUUAUGCAUGAUGAUGAUGAUGAUGAUGAUGAUGAUGAUGAUGAUGAUGAUGAUGAUGAUGAUGAUUCUUAACUUACUGUACUGUUUGUCUCAAAAGUUCCCUGCAGCAAAC